GGACGCAGAAGGCGGGGAACGAGAUGUCACACAUAGGCGGGCGGAAGUGGAGGCUCGCGGAGAGAGGGAGUGAGGGGGCAGGAGGAGGGGGAAGUAGCGCCCCCUCUCGUUGCCAGGGUAACAGGACCAGGCGCAGGGAUCGACGAUGGCUGUAACUUAACCACUCGUCGAGGCCAGAGUAACCCUGGAAGCCCAACGCCAUGGAGGACGCUGGGUGUGAGACUGGAGAUCUGUCUGAACGCAAGCCAGCUUGCCCUGAUUUGGGCAGGACUGUUCCGGGUACUGGCAGCCCUUGUAUGGCGAAGGAGAGCAGCUCCGUCUCAGGCGGUGCUGAUGCAGGAAGCGACCUGCUAGCCGCCGGCCAGGUCUCCCAAGAGGGCUGCAGUUGCAAAGGUUGCCCCGGCAAAGAGGGGCUGGUUUUGGAAGCUCCAGAGUCUGCUGGAGAAGCUGGAAUUUGGGGCGAGGAGGAGGAGGGUGCUAGAGGAACCGAAACGACUUGGAAGAAAAGGAGCGAUCAAGAUAACGGCGACUUGCACUUUCCUGGCUACAAUGAAGCUGGCUCUUGUAAUUGUCAAGGAGAUAGCCCCGAUCUCUCCGAAACUUAUUCAGAGAAGGGGAAUGGCUUGUGUGGUUUCACUUGCCAGCACUGGCUUUCGGCCUCCAAGGAGAAAGGCCCGUCCAAGUUACCACAAGGUCAGGAGGAAGACGUUGAAGAUGAUGCGGCAUCCAAGGCCAAGGAGGAGGUCCCAGACUGUACUCGGGCUCCCGGUGGAAGGAAGUUUGCCCGGCAGCAAAAGCACCAUUCUGCAGCCAAGGGCGAAGGGCGUUUUGCACUAUCUGGGGGAAAGCACAGGCAGGCCAGGAAGAGGAGUGACGGUGGGCGGCACCAUGACGUCCAAGUCCAGCUGCUCAAGCAUCUGGAGGGCUUAGCUUCCUUCUGCGUCUCCUGCUUCAAACUCUUUAUCAGCCUGAUUGUGCAGGUCACCCACAGGUGUGGCGAGGGUGUGGAAGCUGGUGGGAAGCUCCUGUACUCGUGCUGCUCCUUAAGCGCUCAUGAUCUGGAUACCAUCCGAACCAGCAUGCGGACUUGGAUCCAGCAUGCAAGGCUGGGCUGCAGGAAAGUGACGUGGUGGCUGGGCUCGUGGCUUAGUGUGGCUUACCGCCUGCUUAAGAUGCUAUGUGCUAUACUCUUUCUGGUGCUCAUGCUUCUACUGGGUAGCCUGAGACUCUGCUGGCGGGUCUCUAAAUCAGCCCUCUUCAGUGUCUUGGGUAGAUUGGCCCACACCAGUCAUGGAGCCUGGAUUGUCUCAGCCGUUGACCUGCCCCAAGUUUGGGCCCUCUUUAAAGAAAGCAGGACUUGCAAGUGGGCAGCCGGCCUGCUGCUUAAGUGGCAAACCCUCCUUUGGAUCCCCAAAGGAUUAAGGACCAGCCAGCCAGGGGACACUGCUUACAAUGGGUCUCCUGGAGGAUCUGAGCCAUACCAGCCUGGGGAAGAGGUGGCACGCUUGCUGGCUAUGGCACAUACCCCCGAAGAAGAGCUCAACCCUUUCCAGGUCUUGCGCUUGGAGGCAACUGCAUCGGAUGCUGAGCUAAAGAGAGCCUAUCGGCACUUGGCAGUACUGGUUCACCCAGACAAGAAUAAGCAUCCGCGAGCAGAAGAGGCCUUCAAGGUACUGCGGGCAGCCUGGGAUAUUGUCAGCAAUCCAGAGAGGAGGAAGGAAUAUGAAAUCAAGCGCAUGGCAGAGACAGAGCUGACCAAAUCCAUGAACGAGUUCCUUUCUAAGCUUCAGGAUGACCUAAAAGAAGCCAUGAAUACAAUGAUGUGUAACAAGUGUCAGGGGAAGCACAGGCGGUUUGAGAUGGAUCGUGACCCACUGAAUGCUCGCUACUGUGCAGAAUGUAGCAAGCUUCAUGCGGCCGAGGAGGGAGACUUCUGGGCCGAAUCCAGUAUGCUGGGGCUGAAGAUCACCUAUUUUGCCAUGAUGGAUGGAAAGGUUUACGACAUCACAGAAUGGGCUGGCUGUCAGCGAGUAGGAAUCUCCCCAGACACACACCGUGUUCCAUAUCACAUAUCUUUUGGAUCAAGGGGCUCAGGUGGACGGCAGAGAGCUGCUUCAGACGGCAGCCCUGCUUCAGCUGCAGAACUGCAGGAUUUCUUCAACCGCAUCUUCCAAGGGAACCACGGACAAAUGCCGAACGGGAAUUUUUCAGCACGCCCCAACCCGUCCCCGGGGAGCGUGCCAACCCCUCCUGCCCCUCCAUCAAAGGUGGACAGUACCUCCCAGAAAGGAGAUUCGAAGCAGAAACGGCGGAAGAAAGUGCGGCGCCCUUUUCAGCGCUGAGGACUCCACGAGA